AUGGAUAAUUUGGACUACUUAGUUCUCUUAGCAUUAGGCGAUACAGCGUUGAAACGACUUUGUGUACUGACUGCACAACCAGACGUUGUUCGAGUUGAUCUCAACGAAAUUAGUUUAAAAUUUAUUCUGGUAGCAUCUGAUGGUUUCUGGGAUGUGUUAAGUAACGAAGAAGCCAUCGGUUCUGCUCAAGCAUUUCUUUGUCGAGCUUCAGACAAAUGGCAUGAGUAUGUAAUUGUUGUUCAGUGCUUUCCAUGA